UUCGUCGACGCGCGCUGUGUCAUGCCACGCGUGCCCUGUGUCGCUCCACAGAGGAGUCCCGCGAGUGUCGAAGUGUAAACUUGUUGUACACCGGUCUCCUUGUGUUCUCAACCAUGGGUAGAGGAGUGUUGUUGUUUACUGUGUUGUGCGUGAGUCUCGCAGCCGCUGAUAGGAAGCCCACCAUCGCCGAGAAACUUAGAGAAGACGCGGACCUCUCGCAGUUCUUGGCGCUUUUGGAACGCAAUGUAGUGGCCAACACGAGUCUCCAGUACAGGCAGCUGACGAUGUUUGCGCCGACCAAUGAAGCCUUCCAACGGUACAACGGCAUGAUGGACGAUAACCUAGUACUCUAUCACAUAUCGAAUCUAGCAACAACACUGACGAAUCUGGACUACGCAAUAUCUUCGGAGUUUGAUGGCAACCCCCCGCUGUGGGUGACGAGACGAAGGGACGCUAUGCACGACGACAUUUACGUGAACAACGCUAAGGUGCACGUGUCCAGGUCUUAUCAAGCCACCAACAGGAACGGGAAGAGACAGGUUCUUCAUGUGAUUGACCAAGUACUGCAGCCACUCCAGCCACACGGAUCAAGCUCCUCAAGCAGCUCAGUGUACAAUCCAAACGCUUUUCAGUUUCUGGAACAUUCUGACGAAUUCAACAUAGGCCAACACAGAUUAAGAUCCUUCCGACAGAAAGUAACUCAACUUCAAAAGAAGGAAGUAUUCAAUGCCGAUGGGAGGCAUACAUUUUUCAUUCCAGUCGAUGAGGGAUUUAAGCCUACUACAAGAUCUGACCUAAUAGAUGAGAAAGUGGUUGACGGUCACGUGAUCCCCCAUCAUGUUCUGUUCACAAAAGCCACUCCUGAUACUAAAGAGUUUGAGACAUUGGCAUUCGGAGACAACGUUAAGGUCAUAGUGUCAUUUAGCACCGCCAUGAAUGGAAAUGAAGAAAUCACGUACGUGAAAUCCAAUACUGUCGCCGGAGAUGCAAAACACAGCAGGGGAGUAGUAAUAGCUGACAUAGUGAAGGCCAACAUCCCUGUGAAGAACGGAGUAGUUCAUCUUAUACAGCGGCCUCUAAUGGUGGUCGAUACUUCAGUCAUCGACUUUCUGAAGGAAAAGGACGAUGGGCCGUUAUGCAAGUUCUACGAAGUGAUCAUGGAUCUCGGCUCCAACAAUCAGUUCCUAAAGGAGCUCAACGUUGCCAAGGACAUCACUUUAUUUGCCCCAUCCAACGAAGCUUGGAACGAGCCAAGCGUACAAAACAUUGUUAGGAACCAUCAGAAGCUCAAGGAUAUUUUAAAUCUGCAUUUGGUAAGGGAGAGACUACCUAUGGAUGCUAUAAUACACAACAAUAUGAAUCAGAUAUAUCAAGCUCCAACGGCGUCUCCGAGGAAAUAUCUAUACUUCAACGUGCUAACUCAUGGAAACAAUAAAACACUAACAGUUGAAGGUGGAGGAGUUAAUGCUACAGUAAUUCAACCAAACAUAGCGGCUACAAAUGGCUUCGUCCAUAUUAUAGACAGAGUUCUAGGAGUGCCUUACACAACUGUUUAUGAGAAAUUGAGAACGGAUCCUAUGCUCAAUAUCACAUAUAACCUUGGAAGAAGACAAGUUUUUAAUCAUCAACUGAAGGAUAUGGAACAUCGUUACACGUACUUCGUUCCCCGAGAUCACGCUUGGCUUAAAUUUCAGAUUAGGCAUCCUUCCGCCUUUAAAGCUCUAUUUAAAGAAGACUAUGGAUAUUUCACAAAGCAGAUUCUAGAGAGGCACGUGAUCAGAGCCGGGCGGGCGUACACAGUAUCUGAUUUAAAACUGCUCGCGAACGAAACGCAUCCUUUCGUUCUGCCAACGUCACGCGAUCCGCUCAGGCUUCGAGUUAAAGAAUCUGAUAAAAAUUACUACGUGGAGUGGAACGGGCAUUGGAUCCACGUCUUCCGGCCCGACGUCGAGUGCACCAAUGGUAUCAUUCACGUCAUCGACGAGCCUUUCGUACUAGAGAGCGACAUUAGAGCCACCGGCGCCGCUGACAAAAUUCGUGUCACGUCAUCGCUUUUCCUAUUAUUUGUCUCCUUCUGUUUCGCGAGAAUGUUAGAAAAUUAAACUCCAACAAACACCUUUGAUUGUUUUUAUACAACUGUAAUAUUUACAGUUUAUGAACUUAUGAUUUUACAUGGUGACUUAAUAAUGUUAAUUCGGAGAUUUUGUAGUCCUUUCUAAAAUUGUUACUUAGCCUUGUUUGGUGUAUUUGCAAUUAGGAUGUGUACAGUUACCUCGUCAAAUAUCGAUCAUGCGGUGAUUGUCAAUAAUAUUUGUACGACGUCCAUAAAGAA